AUGGACCCGAGUGCGUCCACGGCGGAGCUAAAGCAGGUCUGGACUCAGCGCUUAAGCGAGCUCAAUGACGCCACUGCUAUCGAGCGCAGCUUCCGAGAAGCCCAGGAGAUAUUCCGACUGCAUGCCUUGCGUAUGAACGAUUUCAAUCGUGUUGCAUCUCUACCGGUGGAGAUUCUUGAAGAAGUCUUCUUGGCUGCUCGAGACGAUUGCACAAACCCUCACGGCCCAAACCUCACUUGGCUAUCGGGAUCGAACUGGAUAGUCGUAUCCCAGGUGUGCCACCGCUGGAGACAGGCAGCGCUGGCAUCUACUCGUUUAUGGACCAUUAUCGACGCCGAGAUGUACUCCCCCAACUUGCGCAAGGGGCUGUUACAGCGAUUAGGGCCGCAGCCGUUUGGUCUCUUCGCAUCCGCAAAGAGACACCAAGAGUUCCUCUCCUGUCACGAACUACGACAGCGCGCAUGUACUCAGAUGCAGGACCUUACUCUAUUCUUCGAAGACUCAGUGGUCUUUCCCGGGUCCAUUCUCGACAUCAUAUUCUCUCACGAUCGGUGUUGCGAAGAUCCAGUACUGCAGAGGCUGACUUUGACAUGUCGAGACCCUAACAACAUCUAUUGGGCGUCUCUGAGACGCCUUUCUUCAAAUCUCAAGACCUUGUAUCUCACAUAUCUGUACCCGGUUGGUCCAGCUCCAGCUGUCCUUCCGAGGUUGACAACUCUUACAUUCGCAAUGGUCAUUUUGACGCCUAGCGAGGGAGUACCCGGCAUCCUAGAGUUGCUCCGAGUCAUGCCCGUCCUCGAGUCGCUUACCUUGGUCAGCUGCACGUUUGCUGAAUCGCAGGAAGACCUUGCGGUCGUGUUACCUGAGUCCUUCGCUAUUAUGGAGAUCAGAGUGUUCAGCCAACUGUACCUGCACCAAGGGCUCUCACUCUCUCGGUUAUUGGAACAAUCAGCAGGCGAUCGUAAAUUCAAUGCACAGAACCUUCCUAUUGAAGAUGGACGCGCCCUUUUCGCAGAAGUGAAGAAGGUAGUCGACAAGGGCCACACUGUCCGGGAGAUCGUAGUAGACUUCCGAGGCUUUGGCCUUAUUGACGUGAACGUCGAGUUCCGAACAACGCCGAACGAAGGAUCGUACCGGAUUCAUUUCCCACACGUUUCCCCUCCGCACUGGACCGCGUUCUGCUCCUCUAUUGCUGGGAUCGAUCUGAGGGACGCCACACUGCGCGUUGUGUCGGACGAUUCCGUGCCUUCGAUGUACUCCCCGAACAUCAAUGCACUGGCGGAGCUCAAACGGUCAACCGUGUCAAUCGUGCACGUAUCCGGUGGCCUUGCAUGCUCCGCCAUCGUGGACCUCUUCAUUGCGAUGCACCUUGACGAAGAGGGGUUUGCGGUGCUCGGUACCCCAUCACUACCAUAUCCCGAACUACGUGAUAUCAUUGUGGAUAACUUCACCCAUCGCUCUCCGCCAAGUGCCAAUAGCAAUCUACACUCCUACUCGGUUCCGCAGUGUCUGAGGACGUUGGACGAGAGUGCUCUUCAUCUCCUGUGGUACGCGCGAGCCCGCAGGAACCGCGCCAUGAAGCCCUUACGGACCAUAGUGCUCCCGGGUGAACUCCUGCAAAAGUCAUGGGUAGAAGAGCUCAAAGAGCUCGUCGAAGACGGCGUCGUGUCCUGUGACGCUCACUCACACUCCUCAGAGGAGGUCGAGACUGCGUCCUGUCGCGCAGUCGUUCUCUACCGCCCGGUCUUUCGCGCGAUGACGUCCUUCGAAGCUCGAUACCUGGCAGUCGGCGCGCCGGUUAUAGGGAUGUUAGGGUUGCUAUGGUCGGCUUCCCGCCACAAGUGA